GAGAGCUUUCAAUGUUUCAAAAGUUUUUAGCUUUGGUUUUGUUUGUAUCGAUCUCACUCUUUAUUCGAUAAAUAGCAGAAUUUGUGAUCGGAUUUUUCUGUGAAGGUCUACAGGUGAUUGCCUUAGUUAACUUAUUCUAUUUGUCUACCUCCAAAAAACUAUGUUUUUCGAUGGAUAUCAUUAUCAUGGAACCACCUUUGAGCAGAGUUAUCGCUGCUAUCCGGCAUCUUUUAUUGACAAGCCACAAAUUGAAAGUGGUGACAAGAUUAUAAUGCCACCAUCAGCCCUUGAUCGUCUAGCUUCUUUGCAUAUCGACUAUCCAAUGCUGUUUGAGCUUCGUAAUGCGGGAAUUGAACGUGUUUCUCACUGUGGGGUCCUUGAGUUCAUUGCCGAAGAAGGCAUGAUCUACAUGCCAUACUGGAUGAUGCAGAAUCUACUGCUGCAAGAAGGAGACAUUGUGAGGGUUAGGAAUGUCACUCUUCCAAAGGGAACUUAUGUUAGACUACAGCCUCACACGAAAGACUUCCUGGAUAUAUCCAACCCGAAAGCCAUCUUGGAGACUGCUUUGAGGAAUUACUCAUGCCUAACCACUGGGGAUAGCAUUAUGGUUCCAUACAACAACAAGAAAUAUUUUAUAGAUAUAGUUGAAACAAAGCCUGCUAACGGAAUAAGCAUCAUAGAAACAGACUGUGAGGUUGAUUUCGCACCUCCGCUUGACUACAAGGAGCCUGAACGUCCCACAGCACCUGCUGCAGCCAAAGGUCCGGCAAAAGCUGAGGAGGUUGUGGCUGAACCUGAACCAAAGUUCAACCCUUUCACGGGAUCUGGAAGACGGUUAGAUGGGCGACCUCUUGCCUAUCAGCCACCACCUGCCUCUACCUCAAAAGACAAACAGCCUGUUGUUGUUAAUGGUAAUGGACAGUCAUCUGUAGCAAGUAGCUCAGAGAAAGCUGCACGACAGGCUCAAGGAAAACUUGUGUUUGGGUCCAACUCAAACCGUGCUCCAAAAGAGGCUGCUCCUAAGGUUGAAGCUGGAAAAGAGACAAAACAAGAAGAACAAGAAAAGAAAGAUGAGCCUAAGUUUCAAGCUUUCAGUGGGAAGAAGUAUUCAUUGAGGGGUUGAUCAACUCACACAAUGAGUCUGCUCAAUCUAUUUAUGUCCCCCUCAUGUUGUGUAUUAUAAAGACUAGUGCCUCGAAUUAAAAGGAAAACGAAUAAGUUAAUAAAUCUCUGGCUUUGUCUUGACUAGGUUUGUUUUCUUAAUCAGAUUCAGUGCCAUUUUAAACA